AUGCUAGACUUUAUAUUAAAUUUCCCUCAACCUAUUAAACCCUCUUUCCCAUUUUACACCAGUGACCUGUUGGUCUUGGGUCUUGCGUUCAAGGCAUACAAAUCUCGGGGGCUGACUCAUUUAGGCAUUGCUUCCUCGGUGGCUACCGGUUUGAUUCACACUCACCAUCCGACAUUACUACCAUUCUCUUUGCUUGCAGGAUUUUACUUGACAAGCUCUAAAUUCACUAAAUUAAAGGCCGAUAUUAAGGCCAGUCUCACACAGCAUCCCAAUGGCGAGGGGGGUGGAGAGGGACCCCGCAAUGCGACUCAGGUGUUUGCGAAUUCCAUUGUGGCAACUUCUCUAAUUUUCCUCCACACACACUUUUACUAUUUUGUGGACAGUUCUUAUCCCUGGUCCAAUCUUUUACUAAUUGGAAUAAUCUGUCAAUAUGCUGCAGUUUGCGCCGAUACUUGGUCUUCUGAGCUCGGGAUUCUGUCCAAGUCAAACCCUAUUCUCAUUACCACACUCAAGCCUUGCCCUAAGGGCACCAACGGUGGUGUCUCUCCACUAGGUCUCGGCGUUGCAUUAGGUGCUGGUGCGUUUAUUGGCACGAUUUCGUCAUUAUUUCUGUACUCUCCUACACAACAAUUUUUACAAUGUGGUGCGUUGAUUGCUUUUACGUCAGUGAUGGGCCUCUUUGGGUCUGUUCUUGAUUCGGUGCUGGGCGCCACACUUCAACAGUCUGUUGCUUCGGUUGACAAAAACAUUAUUGUCGAAAGCGAAGGUGGUGGUAAACUUACCGAUAUUGAUGCCACAAAAAACCCGGACUACAAGGUUGUUUCUGGAUACAACAUCUUAUCAAAUAACCAAGUAAAUCUUUUGACUUCAGCAAUAACCACAGCUGUUGGUAUGGGCCUUUGGUAUCUUUUCUUUUUGCCCUAA